AUGUCCAACCCGGUCUUCGUCCUCCUCCACGGCGCAUGGCACAACCCACAAUGCUGGGACCGUCUCACCACCGAGUUCGGCAGAGCCGGAUACAGCUCCCUCGCGCCUGCGCUGCCCUCGUCGGGCUCGACUCCGCCAACGACGGACUGGUCUGGAGAUGUCGAGACGAUCCGCAAUGUCGUGUCGGAACUCGUGCAGGAGGAAGACGUCGUCGUGGUCAUGCACAGCUUCAGCGGGAUGACCGGCGGCACCUCCUUGGAGGGGCUGGACAAACAGACCUGCUUGGCCAAGGGGUUGAGGGGUGGUGUCGUCAGGCUCGUGUACAUCGCGGCCUUCGUCGUGCCGGAGGGGUUUCAGCAUUCUCCACGGGACACGCGGGACAACAUGAUUCCUGAGAUGAGAACCGACCUUGAGGCCAAUACCAUCACGGUGCUCCCAGAGGACGUAAAGGGCAUGUUCUACCAGGACGUAGACGACGAGACCGUCGCCGAGCUAGCCAAGCAGCUGCGGCCCCAGAGCUUUGCCUCGUUCUGGAGCACCACCACCCAUGCCGCGUGGCGGGAUAUCCCGACCACGUACGUGCUGUGCCUGAAAGAUAGGCCGACUACUGUGGCCGCCGCUCGGUACCUGGUCGAGGCGGCAAGGGCGAGCGGGAGGCACAAGAUCGACAACGUGAUUGAGGUUGAAGCUGGGCACUCUCCGUUUAUUAGCAUGCCCAGGUGGACUGCUGAGAUGCUCAUCAGUGAGGCUGGUCGCCGGGCUUGA